UACCAACUGGAUUAAAGAUAUUGGAAAUUGAAAACAGAUAUUAAACUUUGGAUGGGAUAUUAGGUGGUAAAAUAAGAUUUGUUUGGGUUGCCGUUGCCAUGGUAGAAAACACUGAACAUGCACUAGGAAAUAUAAUAUGGUGGGGUUUAUCCCCUGCAGUUAACUUCCUGGAAUGUGCAAACGAGUAUCUGCCUGUUGAAAAUGACUGUAUAGCUGGUGACAACUUCCUCUGCAUCGGGAUGGGAGAUUCAAGACAUAUCUUGAAAACAAUGUCUUCAGAGUUCACAAAGGCAGAGAAUUUUAAAACGUUUUUUAUAAUUGAGGCAUUCCAUGAAACAUAUGCUAAACUGAUGUUACAGCUAUAUAUGGCGAUGGAGCCAAGCACAAGAUUUGGUCUGCAGGGUAAUAAAGAAGUUUAUAAUCUAACCUAAAAGAGAAGUCGGAGACAUAUCUUGAAAUUUUUGGCAAUAUGAUGAUUCGGGAUGUUUCUUCCAGAUAUUUAGUGCAUGCAGCCAACAGACUAAUAAGGGCGGUGACAAACUUAGGGCCCUCAUCAUUGGAUUUUAUCGACCUUUCAUAUCUUAAAUUUAAAGAAAGAGAUAUGCUAGAGUUAGUUCUUAAAUUCUGGCGCGGAAGUGAAGGGACUAUGUUUGACGCUUCCAAAUGCUGGGAUUAUCGUCUACGAAAACAUUUAGGUACACGUUAUGAUGCCAUUCCAAAUGUCUUCGAUUGGGACUGUAGUAUUACGUUACAUGAUCGUAAAGCUACGCAAAUUUAUUCCAAAGAAUAUGCACACUGGCGUCACUUCGGUAAUGCAUUUGAACUUCGGGAAGCCGAUUACAAUACUCCGAACAGAAGUCUAGCGUCUCGAAGAGUUUUAAAGAAUUCUACUGGUGAUAAAGGAGUUUAUUGGGGUUAUUGGGGUGAUAUAAUAUGUUCCCCGUAUUUAGCAUUCGGUAUAGAUACAUCAGAAUGUCCUGAGUUGAAUCGUCGAGUGAAUGGAAAGCAUGCCUACUCUGCAACAACAAUAUCUGAAGUGAAUAUCCGUAAAAUAUUUUGGCAAUUAAUGAAUCGUAAAAAGUGUCCAAUUCAUAUUGCUGCUCCGUUUUUGGAGACGUCAACUACGACCAAUGAUGGAGAUGUGCCUUAUGAGAGACACGGUGGUCCUCAGAAUGAUCUCAUGACUGGAAAUGAAUUGCAUAAUGAUGAAGAAAAUAUCAAUAACCAAACGGAAGGUAGUUGUACAGAUGGGUACACAAAACUAGUAGAACUGAAAGAAGACAGUGUAUCUGCUUCAGUUCCAGCCUUCGGAGAAUCGAAACAGUCUAAUAACAAUUCAUUUGUAACACAAUUUGAUAACAUUGAAUAUGUUCCACUAGAUAUUACAAAUACAUUCAAAGUUAAAUUUCUUCCAGUUAACAGUUUUUUAGACUUAUCUACACGUUAUCGAUCAAUAUUUAUAAAAACUGAUAACAAUACCUUAUUAUCAAAAGGAAAUCGUUUUCGUAUAAUCUACAUUGGAAAUAGUUUAGUUCAUUUAUUAUCUGAUUUACAUUCACAAGAAGAAAAAUAUAGACAAUCAUUAUCGAAGGUUCAUCAUAAAAAUAAAUUAAAUAAAGAGAAAGAAACAAAGAAGAAUGUGAUAUCAAUAGGCAAUGAUAAGAAUUUAGAAAGUGAUUUAUUUACUACUGAUCUAUCAGAAGUUUCAUUUACUGAUCUUUUGGAAGAUGAAGCAUUAUUGAUUGUAGAAUCUGUUCUGUAUAUUGUAGAGAUACGUGCUGAACAAAUCAAAGUCUAUUGUGAACGUGUGAAACAAAUGGCUUACAAUCUUGGCUUUGAAAUUUUAAAGGAAAUAAAACCUCUUGAAGACCAUCAUUUGUACUUCCGAUUCAAGCGGAAAUUAAAUGAUUCACCAUGAAAGGAGUAUAAUUAAUAUGUGAGUAAUGAAGUUGAUUUGAAUCUCAAGAAUAUAUUAGAUUGUAUAUUCUUGAAGAUUGUUAACUCUUCAUUCAUCUGAAAUGAUAUCGUGAAAGUCAAAUGUUUAUCAAAUACAAUUACAUUCAUGAAAUAUUUUAUUAACUUUUCUUUACCUCAUUAAAUAGAUGAUUCGAAGACAUAUAAAAUAUUACAAAUGAACAAGAAAUUACUAUACAAUUCUCACCUUAUAAUAUUUCAAUGUUACACUAAAAGUGACGACAGAAUAUGAAAUAAACAAGAAUAUAACACUUUUCAGUUCAUAGACAGCAUUAAUGAAUCAGAUCAUUUUCAUUUAUUUAUCAUACUAUACACAGUGUGCAUCAAGAAUGAGCAACAUUCGAUGUCUGAGUUACAGAUAGCCGAUAUGUUUGACUUGUUUGUAUAGUUCGAUGCUUCGCCAGAUAUGCAUCUAUUUUAAGAUGAUUUUUUGUAUUGAUGACUUCAUUGAGUAAAGAUGACUCACUUAUACAAAAGCUGGGGAAACACUAAGUAUCUUGAUAGUCAUAUAAUCUAGGUGAAUACAAGUUCAAGUAUU